GCCAGCGCUCCACGCAACAAAGCCAGCUCAUGGCAUCCAUUCUAUGUGACCCCGUGUGCAGCCAGCCUAGCAGCCGCCAGGAGAAUGCGCUCCGACGCAGAAGAGCCGAGCGAUGACGAGCGUGGCCGGACUCCAACUCGCGCGGAGACUCCUUUGGCGCCGGAAGACUCGACGCCUCAUUCCCCCGAGGCAGCAGAUGCUACUGUGGACCAGCCCGAUGCUGUGGACGCCGGGGAGGACGAGGAGGACGGGGACGGAAAGAGGCGGAAAGACACUCCCGAGGGCCUAGUCUGGGUCGUUCUCCAGAACUCCAAGGCUCCGGAAAAGUUCCGCUGCGUGAAGGCGCUCAUUCCGAAGGAGCUGUCUGUCACGGACAUACGGCGAGCUACCAGCAGCAAAGUGGGCUGCCCAUUCAAGGAGCUUCAACUUCAGAUCGACGGGGAGCACAUGUGGGCCGGCCGACUGCAACCGUUCCUCAAUGCAGAGGAUCGCGAGUACAAAGUGAAGUGGCGCAAAAUCAAUCGACUCGCGAAGUACAUCGAGCACAAGCA